AUGAACGAAGAGGCGGAGAAAGUUAUCGUCCAGCCGAGAGAAACGGUCGUUCCCCUUCUCGGGGGUAUGAAAUUCGUCACCGUCGUUCGCCACCACGAACCCGAAGCCCUCCUCGACCACGAGCCGACACGUGGGUACCGUCAUCAAAUAGAGGGUAUGGGCGCCUACGAAGUCGGUCACCACCACCAUACCGGCGCCGUUCACGUACUCCUCCGGGGAGAAACUUUGGUCCACCUCCCUAUGAAAGACGACGAUCCCCACCAAGAAGAUUCUCGCCCAGAAGAGAUGAAAGGGUCAGAUCACCGCCCCAAAAAUGGCGCUCGAAAUCGCCCUACAGUGAUGGCAGAUCACGCAACGCAUCCCGUGCUCGCAACAGCCCAAGACGAAUACGCGAUACAACUCCCAGCAGCCAAGCCUUCCGACCCGCGAGACGAGAUGGCCCUGCUAGCUUCCUCGCCGAGAAUACAGCCAGAAGUGGCGUUGCCACAGAGUCCAAUUCAUGCCUCACAUCGAGGCCAUCCUCGUGAUGCGGCGAAACGAGAUCGGACUUUGUCGCCAUCAAGACAUGUUUCACCUACACAAGCCUUGGCCUCACAACCCACCCUGAUAUCUCGACGUUCAUCGCCAGUUGUAGAAAAGCCCGUUGUGGUUUCCCACAGAGCUCGUAGUCGGUCGCCGAUUCGCUCUCCGGUACUCUUCCAAAGUUCGUCCAAACCCCCAGGUCGAUCUCCUUACCGGGAUCAGAUCUACGAUACGGAGCAACAGCGGCCAGAUCAUGAGGACCGAAUAUCGGUUGGCAAUCAUUCGCCUUUUUCGAUUCCAGAGAGAGCACAUUUGGAACCGCAGACAAGCGGGAGCAGGGUUGGUGGCAACAUCCCAACUCAACCGAAAAACCACAGUGCAAGCCCACUUCCGCUGCCGCCAUCAGGACCUUAUCAGGGACCGAGGCCGCCAUCUAAUCAGCAUCGCGGUCCUCCGCAUGUCUCUUUACUAUCAGCGCCGACUCGUCCUCGCCGCGGACCUGGCCCACGUGAGGCUUGGACGGGGUCUCCGACGGUACGCCGCGGGCCUGUUGCACCUUCGCAAACCCCACCAGCAGGUCCUCGCGCUUCUUUUUCAUCUCCCGUACCAGGUGGCAGUUACCGACAUCCGACUUCCCGGCAACCCAGCACUCCAUCUGUAACUCAACCAUUAGCUCAGAGGGGGAUCAACCAUCUUGCGGGGCUAUGUACUAUCAUACCGGAAGGUCGGAGUCUUCCGUCGCUUCUAGAUCCUGCCGUGGAGAAGCGAUUGGCUCAGCUUGAUGUCGACAAAGAAAAACUCCUCGAGCAGAUCGCGGAGACACAGAGGUCUAAGCGAGCAGAACUUCGAGACUGGAAUCGACUCGAUCGCGAAAGCUCAAUAUGCGCUCUUAAGAGCGAGCUAGCUGAAGGCCAUCUCCAGCGAAUGGCCGAUGAGAGCAUUGGGGGCGGAAACUUGUUCUAG